AUGUAUUAUUAUGAAAUGAUUAAGUUAGAUGUAGCUACGGAGUGUCCGCGAAUGGUCGGGUGGGAAUAUGUGGUUUUAUCUAUUGGCAAUAGUGGUGUUUCUGGUGUUAAUCCACCUGUUGGUGAACUACAAUGAACGGGCUCGGCUGAUCAGACGGAUCCCUGGACCAAAAGACACAUUCAUCUUAGGAAACGCUCCAGAAGUACCAUUGGAUCCUGUGGAUCUUUGGAAACUUGGCAGGCAGUUUGCAAAAUGUUUCAAAGACAUAUACCGUAUUUGGAUAUAUCCUCUGGCUGUGGUAAAUAUUUACAACCCUGAAGACAUUGAGAAAAUCAUUGCCACAACCAAAUUCAAUGAGAAAAGUGUAAUAUAUUCAUUUCUCAAACCCUGGCUGCAGGAAGGACUUCUCUUAAGUAGAGGAAAAAAAUGGCAGAAUCGCAGGAAAAUUUUAACACCCGCAUUUCAUUUCAAUAUUUUGAAAGAAUUCUGCAUUAUAUUGGAGGAAAACAGCCAUCGUCUUGUGGACAGACUGAAGAAAACAUGUGGAGAAACAAUCGAUAUUACGCCAAUAAUUUCUGAAUACACUCUACACUCCAUAUGCGAAACUGCCAUGGGUAGUCGUUUGGACGAUACGGGAGGUGCUGGGAAGUCCUAUAAGCAAGCAAUAUAUGCACUGGGGACUUUCAUUGUUGAAAGAUUUAUGAGAAUCCCUCUAUUCUCCGAUUUCAUAUUCAACUUAACAACAAUUGCUAGAGAACAAAAUAAACAAUUGGAAACUCUUCAUAAGUUCACCGAAACAAUUAUUGAAGAAAGAAAAGAAUAUAUUGAGAAGAAUGGGGUGCAUAUUUUUGACGGCAACAAUAUUGAAGACGACACUUUUAUGAUGGGGAAGAAGAAGAAGAUUGCCAUGCUAGACUUGCUUCUUUUGGCGGAAAAAGAAGGUUCCAUUAACAGGCAAGGCAUACAGGAAGAAGUAGACACGUUCAUGUUCGAAGGUCACGACACUACAGCAUCAGGAUUAACAUAUUGCUUGAUGUUACUAGCAAAUCACAAAGAUGUACAGGACAAGGUCGUAGCCGAGCUGCACGAGAUUUUCGGAGAGUCGGACCGCCCGGCGACUAUUGAGGACCUGAACAGAAUGCGCUACCUAGACUGUUGCAUCAAGGAGUCCAUGCGGCUCUAUCCGCCUGUGCCCUUCAUUAGUCGGAAUAUUGACGAAACUGUUGAACUCAGUAACUACAAAAUCCCGCCAGGAACAAUGUGCCAUAUCCACAUCUUUGACCUGCAUCGCCGCGAGGAUCUGUUCCAGAAUGCUCUGCAGUUUGAGCCCGAUCGAUUCUUACCUAAAAACAGCGUGGGGCGACAUCCCUACUCUUACAUACCUUUUAGUGCUGGACCACGAAACUGCAUAGGUCAAAAAUUUGCGACUUUGGAGAUGAAAUCGUGUGUAUCGGCCACAUUGCGGAACUUUGCGUUGGAACCGGUAACCAAGGAGGCAGACAUAGAGAUCAUUUCUGAUCUGGUGCUGAGGAACCACGGACCAGUGAGUGUCAAGAUGAUGCCGAGAAACAAGCCUAGUUUUAGUUAAAAGAAGCGUUGCGCGUUCGUAGGUCGUACUUAUAGCUUUUGUUCGCGUGAGAAUCAAAACGAUCUCGUAUAAAUAAUCUAUUGAAAACAUCCAUUCGUCCUUCUAGCAAGCGAAAAAUAAGAUUAUCAAUUUUACUUCGACAAGAGAUCUGUCAUGUGUCGUAAAUCGUAUGAUUCAACAAGCCAUAAAAAUAAUCACUUUAUUAGUACUGAUUCCAGUACACUCCAUUUAAUUUUAAGGUAAUACUUAUAAGUACCUGUCAUUUUCUUAUCCACUGAAAAAGCGAGAGAUGGGUAAUCAACUGGCAUAAAAUUUAUGGAACACACGUUAAUUUUAGGCAGAAAUUGAAAAAGCCCUUCCAAAAUUUAAAUUGGCCAAUAACCCGACAAAAUUAAGUUGACAGCACAUGUCACACGGGUUGAUAUGAGCAAAAUGCCUAUUUUAUUCGCCCGGGUUAUCCAUUAAUUUAAAAAUUAACAGUUUUUUAUUCGUCCGUCUCUUUCCUUUUCGGCGGAUAAGAAAAUAGCAGGUAAGUACUUAUAAUUUAAAAUAAGAUUCUCAGUAAUCUGCAGAUCAGCAGUCUGUAGGCUCGGUUACCGUGCAGAGCGCGCGCGUCGCGAAUUAUAUAGAGGCCUUCGACCAAUAGUCGUUUGCCGUCCAUCUACGUAGAUAGCAUUCGCGUACGUUUAUUGGUCGAAUCGGGGCCUCUAUCAUAUUCAUACUUAUAAUAUACUUAUUUAACUUUUUGUCAACGAUCUCUAUUUUUUUUUGUAAUAAACAAAGAAUGUGCUAAUUGCUACACUAGUAAUAUAUUACAAUGUUAUAUCAUUAGAAAAUAAUGUAUUUCAUUUAUUAUACGCAAUAUACAUAAAUUGCCUUAUUUAAUUAUUCAUUCUAAGUACCAUAUUCUAAGUAAGUAAAGACCUUUAUUAUUUUAAAGAAGUUUUUAGGGUG